GGGGAGGGCGACAUGGGCGUGGCCUCCCUCUGCUCACACACACGCACCGCACUCACACCGAGCCAGCCGCAGCAAAAUGGCGGCGCUGGUUACCGGGCUCCCCCUCCCCUCUCCCGGGGGGCUGGGGGACUAUGGACCCCCCGGGGUUCCGGCCUUGGACCCCGGAGAGAUGAGGAGGAGGUUGGAGGAGACGCGCUGGGAACUGGAGAACCGGAGGAAGAUCCUCGUCAGGAACCUGCCGGCCGACUGCUGCAGCCAGGAUAUCCAAGAUCUAUUAAAAGACUAUGAGAUCAAAUAUUGCUACGUGGAUAAAAAUAAAAAGACAGCCUUCAUCACUCUGUCAAACGGAGAGCAAGCACAAGAUGCUAUUAACAGAUUCCACAGACACCACCUCCGGGACAAGGAGAUUCUGGUCCAGCUGCAGCCAACGGACGCUUUGCUGUGCGUGACCAACCUUCCUCCGUUAUUUAGCAAGCAUGAGUUCGAAGAACUGGUUCGGGCGUACGGCAACAUCGAACGAUGUCUCCUUGUCUACAGCGAGCUCACUGGGCUCUCCAAGGGCUAUGGCUUUGUGGAGUACAUGAAGAAAGACUGCGCCUCAAAGGCCCGCCUGGAAUUGCUGGGCAAGCAGCUGGAAGAAUUUACCCUUUUUGCCCAGUGGGUGGACGUCAACCAGCUGACGGCGGAUUUUAUUCACUCAAAGUGCCUGUGUGUUGACAAGCUUCCCAAGGACUACAGCAAUAGUGAUGAGCUGACGCAAAUAUUUUCCUCUCUUCACGAGCCCUUGUUCUGCCAGUUGGCAGAGGAUGAAGAUGGUUAUUCUGGUGGCUUUGCGGUGGUAGAAUAUGAAUCUGCAAGGCAGGCAGAAGAGAUGAAAGACUGCAUGGACGGAAUGCAUGUGAGAGGAGGUAGAAUCCAGGUGUCUUAUUGUUCACCAGGUUCUCCAGGCCGGAGCAUGCUGGCCACACUCAUGGCAGCGCAGGGCAUGCUGCAGAACAAUAGGAAAGGGUUGCUCCCAGAGCCCAACCCAAUGCAAAUCAUGCAGAGCCUCAAUAAUCCAGCAAUGCUACAGAUGCUGUUUCAGCCACCGCAUCGUGGAAGGUCAGGAAAGCAUGGGUCUUCUGGACGGCCGCACUUCAAUGCAACAGUCAACCAAGCCCUGUUACAGCUCCACAAACUUAAUCCGAAACCAAGUCUGGCAGGUAACCACCUUCUUCAGAACUACUCCCAUUUACAGGCGGCCCAUCAGCAGCUUCUCCAGCUCAAGGGUGGACAGUCUAAUAACAGUAAACCCGGCCUGCUGGGAGAAGCUCCGGGCUCCAUCUUACAGUCUGCCAUGGGGACAGCGCAGACGGGAUCGGUGGAGGCCCCGCAAAAAACAGACUUGUUGCCGUACCUGCAUAAUCAGCAAUUAAGCGCGUCACUAUCCCGGCUAGCCCAAGAUAACCAGUCUGCACUGACUCUGAGCGAUGGAUCUCUUCUGGGUGGACAAUCAUAUGCUGGUACCCUGGACACUUCAAACUUGAACAAGAUGAGUAACCAGACAUCGCUGUUGGGAGAGCCACCGAGGGACUAUCGGCUCAGCACUAAUCCUUACUUGAAUCUGGCAAGCGUGUUGCCUGGAAUGCCUCCUCGAGGUGUCCAGGCUCAUGCAAUGGAUGGCUUAUUAUCUCAGGACUCCACAGGACAGCCGGGUUUAGAGAACUAUUUCUCCUACAGCCAGCAAUACGGGGAUUACUCUCAGGAGGCUAUUCAGCAGUGGUAUGAUCAAUAUUCAGGAUACAGCAGUACCCAGGCAGAUGUUCCUGGGGAUAGCAGUCAGCAGUCUUCCACGCUGGGUUACGGAGAAUAUAGCGCCUAUGUACAGGCUCCACCCACAUACUACACAAAUGCACAAGCCUCGUACCAGGUUGGAUCUGCACUGUCUGUAGAUAAGACGAUCAGCACUGAGAAAAGGCCGUACAUUCUCUCCAGCCCAGAGGUCGGCACCAUCGGAUACACACAGCAAUACACUCCGACGUCUGGGGACAGCUACGCUGACUCUUAUAUUAAGAGGAAAAAGGUUUAUUAAUAUUUAUCUUUGUUCCAAAUCAUCACACACACCCAAAGAUGCACAACCUGGGUUCUCGUGUCUCUGCAAAGCCAUCUUAGUCUGGCGCCGAGUCAGUUGUAUUUGCCUAAAACAAAAAUCUAAGGUCACUCAGGCUGAAUUGAUGUAUGAAACGGUCACAAUCUUCCUGAAGAUUUUUAGAUAUUUUCUACCCUUAGCUGUGUCUUGGUUGAAAGAAAUAAUUGGUUUCAUUUGUUAUAUUCUUGCUAUGGCCUGCACACAUUUCAGUUUAUUUUGUAAAUAUCAAGCAAUAAUAAAAAAAUAAAUAUAGAAGGUCUACUUUUA